AUGGGUUAUAACAUUGCUAUGGCUUGCGAUUUCUUCUUUCCGCAACCAGGAGGAAUUGAAAGCCAUAUUUACCAACUUUCGACAAAGUUAAUCGAUCGCGGCCACAAGGUCAUCAUUAUAACGCAUGCCUAUGAAGGUAGAACCGGCGUGCGCUACCUUACGAAUGGGCUGAAAGUCUACCAUGUGCCUUUCCUCGUUAUAUACCGCGCCACAACGUUUCCGACGGUCUUUUCGUUCUUCCCGACCUUCAGAAACAUCAUUAUCAGGGAGCAGAUUGAAAUCGUACAUGGCCAUGCGAGUUUGAGUAGUUUUUGCCACGAGGCAAUUCUGCAUGCGAGGACUAUGGGACUACGGACGGUGUUUACGGAUCAUUCGCUUUUUGGGUUUGCGGAUGCAGGGAGUAUCCUGACAAACAAAUUGCUGAAGUUCACCUUGAGUGAUGUUGACCAUGUUAUUUGUGUUAGCCAUACCUGUAAAGAGAACACAGUUUUAAGAGCGUCGCUUGACCCCUUGAUGGUCUCAGUUAUACCAAACGCCGUUGUCGCCGAGAACUUUCGACCUUUGUCACAUCCAGCAUACUCGAAUGGACCCGAUAACCAGUUACAAAAUUUUAAUGCCCAGGCAGCUACUCCCCUACCUCAUUAUCUAGGGCCGAACGAUACCAUUACAAUAGCUGUUAUAUCGAGGCUAUUUUAUAACAAGGGAACUGAUCUGCUUAUUGCAGCUAUCCCGCGGAUACUCGCAGCCCACCCAAAUGUAAGGUUUAUCAUUGCGGGUUCAGGGCCCAAAGCCAUAGACCUCGAGCAAAUGCUGGAAAGGAAUGUUCUCCAGGACCGCGUUGAAUUGCUUGGGCCAGUGCGACACGAAGAGGUCCGAGAUGUUAUGGUGCGAGGACAUAUUUACCUCCACCCAAGUUUAACAGAGGCAUUCGGAACCGUGAUUGUGGAAGCUGCGAGCUGUGGCCUUUACGUUGUUUGCACCCAAGUUGGUGGUAUUCCGGAAGUCUUGCCAGCACAUAUGACCGUGUUCGCAAAGCCGGAAGAGGAUGAUUUGGUGGCGGCAACGGGCAAAGCCAUCGCUGCUCUACGUGCAAACAAGGUUCGAACGGAGCGCUUUCAUGACCAAGUGAAGAUGAUGUAUUCUUGGAUAGAUGUUGCCCGCCGAACAGAAAGAGUCUACGAUGGAAUAUCUGGCGUUCUUAGCGAGGCAGAAUUCUACGGAUAUGAUGCCGCCGACGCUGCGAGUUGGAGCGCUACGAGGGGCCGUGCGGGUGUGCAAAGCUUCGCUCUCAUUGACCGACUAAAGAGAUAUUACGGUUGCGGCAUCUGGGCAGGGAAGCUCUUUUGCUUAUGCAUGGUUAUCGAUUAUUUGAUCUUCCUUGUUCUCGAAAUGUUGGCUCCGAGAGAAAACAUAGAUAUUGCGAGGAACUGGCCGGAGAAGACGAUUAAUAAGGCGGAGAGGGAACGAGAGAAGAAAGAUAGUAUCGGAUGA